AUGGCCGCCGCCGCCGACCGCCUCUUCCUCCUCCGCGCGUCUCCGGCCUCCUGCGCCCCGCCGUCGCGCCGCCCGGGCGGCUUCUCCCAGCAGCCGCAGCGGCUCAGCUUCCCGUCGCCUGGGGCGGCCGGUAUGCGACGCGUCGCCGUGGCCUGCUCCGCCUCCCCGGGAACGGGAGCGGGAGGGAAAGAGGAGGGCGAGGGGAUGACGUACAAGGACGCCGGCGUGGACAUCGACACCGGGGCGGAGCUCGUCCGCCGCAUAGCCAGGAUGGCUCCCGGGAUUGGCGGCUUCGGUGGCCUCUUCCCCUUCGGUGACCAUUUUCUUGUUGCUGGAACCGACGGUGUCGGGACAAAGCUCAAGCUUGCAUUUGAAACCGGAAUUCAUGAUACAAUUGGGAUUGAUCUGGUGGCUAUGAGUGUCAAUGACAUUGUGACUUCUGGUGCAAAACCAUUGUUCUUCCUAGACUACUAUGCUACGAGCAAGCUUGAUGUUGAUCUGGCAGAGAAGGUUAUCAAGGGGAUUGUGGAUGGAUGCCAGCAAUCGGAUUGUGCUCUGCUAGGAGGAGAGACUGCAGAAAUGCCUGAUUUCUAUGCAAAAGGUGAAUAUGAUCUAAGUGGCUUUGCUGUGGGUGUUGUUAAGAAGGAUGAGGUCAUUGACGGUAAAAACAUCGUUGAGGGAGAUGUGCUCAUUGGUCUUCCUUCUAGUGGGGUUCAUUCUAAUGGGUUCUCCCUUGCUAGAAGAGUACUAGAGAAAAGUGGACUUUCAUUGAAUGACCAGCUCCCCACAAAUGAUGGUAUGGCAACUACUGUUGGUGAAGCUCUCAUGGCACCAACUGUUAUCUAUGUUAAGCAGGUGCUCGAGAUUAUUAGCAAGGGUGGUGUGAAAGGACUAGCCCAUAUUACUGGUGGUGGCUUCACUGAUAAUAUCCCAAGAGUAUUUCCUUCUGGACUUGGGGCGAAGAUUUUUACCGCAGCAUGGGAAGUGCCACCUGUAUUCAGGUGGAUUCAAGAGGUUGGAAAAAUCGAAGACGCAGAGAUGAGACGCACAUUCAAUAUGGGAAUUGGAAUGGUCCUCGUGGUAAGCAAAGAAGCAGCUGAUAGAAUUCUCGAAGAUACACAUGAACCAAACCGCGCAUAUCGCAUUGGAGAGGUGAUCCGUGGUCAGGGAGUUCAAUACGUCUAAUCCAAUGAUCUUCAAUACUGCUUUGAGUGGUUUGAGGUUUGAUCGUCCGACACAGCCUAAUUUUUGUAAUCGCAUAACAUAAAAAUGGGCCAAGUUCUAGAGCAACAGUGAGUUUAGCCCUGUAAGAUGAGAAACACGGGGUGUGUACUCCUUUUAGUUCCAUGAGAACUUGCGCCCAAACGGCAGAUGCUGCUACUGGUUUUUUGGUCUUGGUCUCUGUGAGAGAUAGGAACGGUUCAUGGAAAUGUUCUUGCAGUGCUACUCUA